UAAACAGACAUUACUUAUCUAGUUAUUGCUAGGCUACUUACAUGUAAAAAAAAAAAGAUUCUUUGCACUCCUUCGAUAUCUCACAAGGAGCUUAGACAUUCGCGCUUUAACAGCAGUACUCUUAUUGGACAGAGAAAUAUGUCUCGUCUCUGAUUGGUAAGUCAGAAGGCGCGAUGCUGUUGACUGCGUGUAAAUCCUUACUGAAGGCGCGGAGUUUUGUUUAUUUUUUGUAACUGGUUCUUGUGUGAAGCAUGUCUACACCGCCAAAAAGAAUUUGCUACAGUCCUCUGUUUGACGAUAGUUUUCACAAAAGGUUAAAGAAGAUCUCAAUUGAGGGGAAUAUUGCUGCAGGCAAGUCAACAUUUGUUAGACUUCUGGAACAAGCAAGUGACGAGUGGGAAGUUGUCCCUGAGCCAAUUGCUAAAUGGUGUAACGUUCAAACUACUGAAGAUGAACAUGAGGAACUGUCAAUGUCACAGAAAAAUGGAGGAAACCUCCUUCAAAUGCUAUAUGACAAACCGACACGAUGGGCUUAUACAUUUCAAACAUAUGCCUGCCUGAGCCGUGUUAGAGCCCAACUUAAACCAGUUUCUCAUAAAUUACAAGAAGCUGAACAACCUGUACAAUUUUUUGAACGAUCUGUGUACAGUGACAGGUAUGUAUUUGCUUCAAGCUUGUUUGAGUCGGGAAGCAUCAGUGAAACAGAGUGGGCUAUUUACCAAGACUGGCAUACCUGGCUUCUGACUCAGUUUGAGACAGAAAUAGAACUGGAUGGCAUAGUUUAUCUCCGUGCAACACCAGAGAAAUGUAUGACAAGGUUGCAUUCUCGAGGUCGGGAAGAAGAGCAGGGAAUUGAGCUUGAGUACUUGGAAAGCUUGCAUUCUAAGCAUGAGAGUUGGCUGUAUGAAAGAUCAAUUAUACUGGAUUUCGAGUCUCUCCGCCAUGCACCAGUGCUUAUCCUUGAUGUAAAUGAAGAUUUCAAAAAUGACAAGAUUAGACAAGAAGCAUUACUUGACAAAGUAAAGGAUUUUCUUCUCCAGCUCUAGCAACUGACAUGUCCAGAAGGAUCUCACCAGAUUUAUUUACAUGAAAACAUGCAUUUAAUGAUUUCAUGCGCUUCCCAUUUAUAUUUAUGUAUGUUCCUAUUUUUUUUUUUUUUUUUUUACGUUCAUAAAGCUGUUUUUAUUGACUCUUUGGAUUCAAACAUUUUAUAUUCUGCAAUAUAAAAGGCAUUACAUACAAAUUGUCAGAUAAAACUAACAAUGAAGAUCUAGGUACAGGAGGAUGCACUGUUAACAGUUUGAAUCAGAGCAUUUAGCCCCUCUCUGGAGGACGAUCCUUGGUUUUUAUUGACUUUUAAAUUCAUUGGCUCUAAUGGGUAGAGAAACAAUACUAUAUUUACACCCCAUAGCUCCAUACUUGCCACUGCCACCCACUGUGUUGUGAUACUAUAUAGAAUUCCUUACAAUAGUCUCCUAUAGGGUUCUGCUGAGCACAUGUGAACAUCACAAAUAAGAAACUGGCCUGCAGAUUGUAAACAAUUUCAUAAGAACAAGGGCAGUGUGUGAGGGUGGGUUAGUUGAACUCCGUGAUGGAGGCCUUUUGUUAAAAAGUUUAGUUACCCCUAAAAUCUAACUGCAGCCAAAACCUUUUUUUUUUUUUUAUGACUAUGGUAUAGAACCUCAAUCAGGUUUUUACUUUUAUCUCUGUACCCAUUGUGGACAUUUUAUGCUUAUGUUGGGACAAAGUAAGAAGUGUCUACUGAGGACACAUACUGCAACAAAACACCUUUCUUUCCCCAUCCAUUGCGGGGUACAAAAUCUUCUACUGUCAGGUAUACUGCUGCCUACAGGAUCACUGGACACUGGCAAAAAUCUGUAGGACAGCCCAGGAAAAAUGUAUCUCUUCCCAAUAUGCCUUCAUUUUUUUUUUUGUUUUUUUUUUAGGUUAAAGGAGGAUGAAAGCUCUGUUGGGAAAAGUUAAACCAUUUUUUUGCCAGCUUUUUUUUUUUUUUUUUUUGCCAAUUCGGCUUGUCUCUUCAUGGCAGCUAUCUGGAUCAGCUUUCCUCAGCCUAGCUUUGGAGUGCUGUACCCAGACCCUACUGGACUGUAUGCUGUGAGGCUAGCCUGGAAGUUACCUUAAGGAUGCUGCAUGUUGGGCACUGAGGGACUGAGCUUUACUAUUCAAAAUUGAGGAAGUGCCUUGCUACUCCCCACAGCAUUUGUUUAAUCUAGAACCACCAUGUUGGUGCCAGUUAUUUUUAUUAACAGGGAAACCACUAGGCCAGUGGAGGCAUUCUUGACCUACAGUUAGAAUUCCACUAUAACACCCUGUUUUUUUGCUUGUGGGCUGUGCUCUACUUGAUGAUACCAAUCUGUCAAAUUGUGGCAAAAUGAGUACACUAUCACCUUAUUGACCUUAUUGAUGGAGUGUGUGUGUAGCAAAUGUAUGGGGCUCUAUGCUUCAGUUGUGAAGGCUUGAUAGAAGCAUUAAAGCUUGUGUCCCCCCCCUGACCCCCCGCCAUUUACAGUGGCCUGGGAGACGGACCUCUGUCACUCUAUUUCCCUUAUAGACUGGAAGAAGUGUUUUAUCCUGACGCACAAGCUAUCCUUGGCCACUAAGACCCAGGAGAAGGGUUUCAAGUUGCUAACGAGAUGGUACAGAUGCCCAACAACUAUCCACCGUUUCAAUUCCGCAGUGCCGGAUACCUGCUGGCGAUGUCUUAGAUCCCGGGGAACCAUGCUCCACAUCUGGUGGGAAUGCCCUCCUGUGCAGGGAUUCUGGCAGCGGAUUUUCAAACUAUACUGCAAAUCGAUGGCGACCUCUAUUCACCCUUCCCCUGAGAUGGCUCUCUUAUCUAUACUUCCUGGCACGUUCAAAUCCAUCAAAAACGAUGUACUACGACACUUCCUGGCGGCGGCCAGAGUGGUGAUCCCCCGUCAUUGGAGAUCGGCAACAAUGCCUUCCCUGGGGGAUUGGGCUGUUGAAGUGGACCGCAUAAGGGACCUUGAGCGUCUGUUGGCGGAGGAGGGUGGUAAAAGCGAGCAGUUUUCUCUCACCUGGACUUCAUGGUCCAUGUUCCGAUACUCUUCUGAGUUUGUCUCUUGGGCCGAGGGUGGCCUGGAUGAUGUGACCCUAAUGCCAUGAUGGAGUGAUUCUUGUCCCUUGAUUCUCUUCCCCUGUCUCUCUACCCCCCUCUUUGUAUGCCCCUGCUUCUUCUCAUUUUCUUGAUCUCUAAAUACUUCCCUAGGAAUUCAUUGAGCUAAAGUAACAUGGCUUUGUUCCGCUUAUUGCUUCUGAUUCGUUAUGUGACCCCAUAUGUCUUAUUUUACUUUCAGAUUCAUGCAUAAUCUCCCCUUAUAUGCCGAAUGCGGCGCAACACUGAUCCCCUCACUUAUGUGAGGUUGGUGGAUGCAAUUAAUGUUUAUUAUAUAUAUCUGGGGAUUGUCUAAUUGAACAGCCUUGUGGUGGUCCGCGUACACAUGCUCUUGUUUCCUUUUCUCACAUAUCUUAGACAUGAUUUUUCUAUGUCAAACACGUUGCGUACUGUUGAUGUAACUGUUUUCACUUUAUGUAUUACUUGAGACGUUAUCUGUAUAUUUGUCUCUUCCUUUCUUCUUAUGAAUAAAAUAAGAUUGAAUUAAA